UUGGAGGCCAACGCGGGGCGGGGAAGGGGGCGCGAGCGCCCCGUCUGGCUGGAGCGGGGGGAGGGGGGUUCUUGUCAGUUAGAGCAACAAGAUGGCCGCGGUGGCAGCUCCGCACCUCAGCGCGACGGCCCCGGGAGCCGCAGCCGCCGCCGCCGGCCCCGCCGCCCCGCAGUCCUGAGCGCCGCCCCGGCCGCCCCCGCCGCCCCUGACAGGGCCGUCCCCGCGCCCGCCGCGCUCCUGCCGCCGCCGCUGCGGGCCCGCCCGAGCCGGAGGCGGAGGGAGCGGAGCCGGCCGAGCGCCGAGCGCCCAGCGUCGCCGCUGCCGCCACCUCGGAUCCCGGGCCGCGCCGGAGCCGCCGUCCCGCUUGCGGGCGCGAGGAGGAGGGCGCGUCGCGGCGUCGCCGGGGCCGGACCUGGACCUGCCGGGACGCGCCGCCGCCCACCCGCCCGCGCCGCCGCCCCCGCCGCCGCCCGCGCCGGGACCUGAGCCCGCGGCGCCGGCGCUGAGCGGGCCCCUGCCGCCCGAGCGCCCCGCAGGCCCCGGGGCGGCCGCCCGAGUCGUCGUCGUCGUUGUCGCUGCCGCCGCCAGGCCCGCGCCGCCGGAGCCCCGCCGAGGAGCCGGAGCCGCCGCCGCCGCCGCCGCCGCCGCCGCCGGGGACGGAGCCCAGGGAGAAAGAACAAGAAACACAAAAAGAGGAACGUUUGAUGGAAGAAAAGAAAAAGAAAAAGCAGGAAGAAAAGAAAAAGAAGGAAGGUGCUCAGAAAAAGGCUGCUGAUCAAAAAACCAAAGUGCCAGAACCUACUAAGACCUGUUCAAGCCAGCCCCAACCUGCCGGUACCAGUACCAGCACUUGCACCAGCACUCUGUCCAGCAGCAGCAAUGGCAAACGUGUGCCUGCCAGCAGCCAGCAGCCAGCUGCCUCCCGUUACCUGCCUCGCGAGGUGCCUCCACGCUUCCGCCAGCAAGAACAGAAGCAGCUGUUAAAGAGAGGGCAGCCGCUGCCCACGGGGGCUCUGACCGGUGUGAGCCCGACCCAGGGGGCUGGGCCCACAGGGGUAAGCCCUCCUCCCCUCCCCGGAGCCGGAGCACAGCAGCACCCCAGUAAGCUCCAACCAGAUCUCAGUCACGGCGGGUUGGCAGAUCACUAUGAAAGCCCCCACUGGGGACAGCAGCCCACAUACAGAGGUGAAGCCGGCAGCAGCUGGGAGAAAGUGAUCAGAGACAGGACUGACAAGGAGGCGUGGCCUUCCAUCACAGGAGCGGAGACGGACUCUGCCUCAGAAUGUACUACAGACACUGACUCUGCCUCCAACUGUGGCUCAGAGAACAGUAGCAUGGCUACGGGGAGUGCCCAGGGCACCUUCACCGGCCACAGCAAGAAGACUAAUGGCAACAACGGCCCCAACGGCGCGCUUGUCCAAAGCCCUUCUAACCCGAGCGCCCUCGGAGCGGGCGGCGCCGGCGGUAAUGGAAAUGGAGCCAGAGUGUGGGCCGUAGCCACAGGCUCUAGCUCCGGCCCGGCUCACUGCUCCCUCAGCGGUGGGGAUGGAAAAGUGGACAACAUGAUCGGAGAGGGGAGAAGUCAGAAUUGCUGGGGUGCUUCCAACUCCAACACAGGCAUUAAUCUUAACCUUAACCCUAAUGCCAACCCAGCCGCCUGGCCUGUACUUGGACAUGAAGGAACUGUGGCGACAGGCAACCCUUCCAGUAUUUGCAGUCCGGUCAGUGCCAUAGGUCAAAAUACGGGCAACCAGAACGGGAACCCAACAGGCACUUUAGGUGCUUGGGGAAACUUGCUGCCGCAAGAGAGCACAGAACCACAAACAUCCACUUCUCAGAAUGUGUCUUUCAGCGUACAACCUCAGAACCUUAACACUGAUGGACCAAAUAACACUAACCCCGUGAACUCUUCACCAAACCCUGUCAAUGCAAUGCAGACCAACGGACUGCCAAACUGGGGCAUGGCUGUGGGCGUGGGGGCCAUGGUCCCGCCUCACCUGCACGGCCUUCCGGGUGCUAGCGGACCAUCCGUUUCUCAAGGCAGCGGGAGCGGUGCUGAAGGAAUCAGCAGUUCGGUGUGGGGACUGUCCCCAGGUAACCCUGCCCCAGGAAGUGGCAAUUCUGGGUUCGGUCAGGGGAAUGGAGACACUGUGAACUCAGCAUUGAGUGCUAAACAAAAUGGAUCCAGCAGUGCUGUGCAGAAGGAAGGAAGCGGAGGAAGCGCCUGGGACUCGGGCCCUCCUGCCGGCCCUGGGCUCCUCGCCUGGGGACGGGGCAGUGGCAACAGCAGCGGCGUCAGUCAUAUCCAUUCGGGAGCUUGGGGCCACCCCAGCCGGAGCACCUCUAAUGGUGUGAAUGGGGAAUGGGGCAAGCCCCCAAACCAGCAUUCCAACAGCGACGUCAGUGGGAAAGGGUCAGCGACGUGGGACAGUCCGAGCGCUAGCAGCCAGAAUCCUGCCGUGCAGCCCGGCAGUGAGCACAUGAACUCUUGGGCCAAAGCGGCGUCUUCUGGAACGACAGCCAGUGAAGGAAGCAGCGACGGCUCUGGCAGUCGCAGUGAAGGAAGCUCGGGGCGGGAAGGAGCGGAAGGCCGGAGGCGGGAUAAAGGGAUGAUAGACCAAGGGCACCUCCAAUUGCCAAGGAACGAUCUUGACCCAAGAGUUCUGUCUAAUACUGGUUGGGGACAGACUCCAGUAAAGCAAAACACUGCCUGGGAAUUUGAAGAGUCCCCUAGGUCUGAGAGAAAAAAUGACAAUGGGACAGAGGCCUGGGGCUGUGCCGCUACUCAGCCUUCAAACUCAGGGGGGAAGAGUGACGGGUCCAUCGUGAACAGUACAAAUACCUCUUCAGUGUCCGGGUGGGCCAGCGCGCCGCCGGCUGCUGGGCCAGCAAGCACAGGCUGGGGAGACGGCAGCAGCAAAGCGCCCAGUGGCCCAGGGGUUUGGGGGGACUCGAUAAGCUCUACUGCUGUCAGUAAUGCUGCUGCCGCCACCAAGGGUGGCCAUGCUUGGAGUGGGACCGUAAAUCAGGAGGACAAGUCGCCUACCUGGGGGGAGCCUCAGAAACCCAAAUCUCAGAACUGGGGAGAUGGACAAAAAUCUAAUCCGGCCUGGAGUGCAGGAGGGGGAGACUGGGCCGAUUCAUCUUCUGUCCUCGGACACUUGGGGGACGGGAAGAAGAAUGGCUCUGGCUGGGAUGCUGACGGUAACCGGUCCGGCUCUGGCUGGAACGAUGCGCCCAGGUCCGGGCCCGGUGGCUGGGGUAACGGCACACACACAAAGGGGAACCCAGGGACAAACUGGGGCGAGUCUUUAAAACCCGGCCCCCAGCAGACCUGGGCGGGCAAACCCCAAGACAACAGUGUGAGUAACUGGGGAGGAGCCGCUUCCGUGAAACAGACCGGAACCGGCUGGAUCGGGGGGCCGGUCCCCGUCACACAGAAGGACGGCAGCGAGGCCACGGGCUGGGAGGAACCUUCUCCGCCGUCCAUUCGGCGCAAAAUGGAAAUCGAUGACGGGACCUCAGCUUGGGGCGACCCGAGCAGCUACCACAACAAGACUGUGAACAUGUGGGAUAGGAACAACCCAGGCCUGCAGAGCAGUGCCACAGCCGCCACCGCCGCAGCCUCCGCCCCCGCGAGCAGCAGUGCGGACGUGGCCGAGACGCCGCCGCCGCACCCGGCCGGCGUCCAGCUCAGUCGGUCGCCGCUGCUCGGCCCAGUCUCAGCGGGCUGGGGAGAGAUGCCUAACGUCCACUCAAAGGCCGAGAGCUCCUGGGGAGAGCCGUCCUCCCCCUCCGCCCUGGUUGACAACGGCACUGCAGCGUGGGGCAAGCCGCCCAGCAGUGGCAGCGGAUGGGGGGACCCCCCUGUGGAGCCGCCAGUGACAUUCGGGAGAGCCAGCGCCCCCGCCGCCGCCCCAGCCCUGUGCAAACCAGCUUCAAAAUCUAUGCAAGAAGGCUGGGGCAGUGGUGGGGACGACAUGAACCUUGGCACCAGUCAGUGGGAAGACGAAGAAGGGGGCGUGUGGAAUAAUGCUGCUUCCCAAGAAAGCGCCUCCUCCUGCAGUUCCUGGGGGAGCGCCCCCAAAAAAGGACUCCCAAAGGGCAUGAAAACGUCUGGCAAGCAGGAUGAGGCCUGGAUCAUGAGCCGGCUGAUGAAACAACUCACAGACAUGGGCUUCCCGAGAGAGCCGGCUGAAGAGGCCUUGAAGAGCAACAACAUGAAUCUCGACCAGGCCAUGAGCGCCCUGCUGGAAAAGAAGGUGGACGUGGACAAGCGUGGACUGGGAGUGACCGACUACAAUGGAGUGGUCACCAAAGCCCUUGGCUGCCGCCCACCAGUCUCCAAAGACUCUUCCGGGGACCGCCCCACCUUUCUCGACAAGCUGACCCUUUCUUUCUCCAAUCAGGACAGCGGCCUAGUGGAAGAGCCCACGACUUCACCGUUUUUGCCUUCACCAAGCCUGAAGCUCCCCCUUUCAAACAGUGCACUCCCUAAUCAGGCCCUGGGUGGGAUUGCCUCAGGGCUGGGCAUGCAAAACUUGAAUUCUUCUAGACAGAUCCCGAGUGGCAAUCUGGGCAUGUUCGGCAGUAGCGGAGCAGCACAAGCCAGGACCAUGCAACAGCCGCCGCAGCCCCCCGUGCAGCCUCUGAGCUCCUCCCAGCCCAGCCUCCGUGCUCAAGUGCCUCCGUUUCUAUCCCCUCAGGUUCAAGCACAGCUUUUGCAGUUUGCAGCAAAAAACAUUGGUCUCAACCCUGCACUAUUGACCUCGCCAAUCAAUCCUCAGCAUAUGACGAUGUUGAACCAGCUCUAUCAGCUGCAGCUGGCGUACCAACGUUUACAAAUCCAGCAGCAGAUGCUACAGGCUCAGCGUAAUGUUUCCGGACCCAUGAGACAACAGGAGCAGCAAGUCGCGCGCACAAUCACGAACCUGCAGCAGCAGAUCCAGCAGCACCAGCGCCAGCUGGCCCAGGCCCUGCUCGUGAAGCCGCCGCCGCCGCCGCACCUGCCUCUGCAUCCCUCUGCAGGCAAAUCGGCCAUGGACAGCUUCCCCCCGCACUCCCAGGCCCCCGGCCUGCCUGACCUGCAGACCAAAGAGCCGCAGGCUUCACCCAGCACCUUCGCUCCUUACCCUCUCGCUGGACUGAACCCAAACAUGAAUGUCAACAGCAUGGACAUGACUGGUGGCUUGUCGGUAAAGGACCCGUCUCAGUCCCAGUCACGCCUCCCUCAGUGGACACACCCCAACCCGAUGGACAACUUACCCGGUGCUGCUUCUCCCCUCGAUCAGAACCCCAGCAAGCAUGGUGCUAUCCCUGGAGGUCUAAGCAUCGGGCCUCCAGCGAAGUCCUCCAUUGACGACUCCUAUGGCCGGUAUGACUUAAUCCCGAAUAGUGAGUCACCAGCCAGUCCUCCUGUAGCUGUCCCCCAUAGCUGGUCGCGUGCCAAAUCUGACAGUGACAAAAUCUCCAACGGCUCCAGCAUCAACUGGCCCCCAGAAUUCCAUCCUGGAGUUCCAUGGAAAGGACUUCAGAAUAUAGACCCCGAGAACGACCCCGAUGUCACUCCUGGAAGUGUCCCCACCGGGCCCACUAUCAAUACCACCAUCCAGGACGUCAACCGCUACCUCCUCAAGAGUGCGGGGUCCUCCCCACCGUCAUCUCAGAGUGCCGCGCUGCCUUCCUCGAGUGCCUGGCCGCUCAGUGCCUCCGGCUACGGUCGCUCUUUCAGCAGCAUCGCGCCCGCGCCCAGCAUUGCAGGUAAACUGUCAGACAUCAAAUCGACGUGGUCCUCCGGCCCUGCCUCCCACACACAAGCCUCUCUGUCUCACGAGCUGUGGAAGGUGCCCAGAAGCACUGCUGCCCCCACAAGGCCACCUCCAGGGUUAGCCAAUCCCAAGCCUUCCUCCACCUGGGGAGCCAGUCCCCUCGGCUGGACCAGCUCUUACUCCUCGGGUUCUGCCUGGAGCACCGACACCUCAGGACGGACAAGCAGCUGGCUCGUUCUCCGCAACCUCACGCCCCAGAUCGACGGCUCCACCCUGCGGACGCUGUGUUUGCAGCACGGGCCUCUCGUCACCUUCCACCUGAACCUGACUCAAGGCAACGCCGUGGUCCGCUACAGCUCCAAGGAGGAAGCCGCCAAGGCCCAGAAGUCCCUGCACAUGUGUGUUCUGGGAAACACUACCAUCUUGGCCGAGUUUGCCGGCGAAGAAGAGGUGAACCGUUUCUUAGCCCAAGGCCAAGCGCUGCCACCCACCUCCAGCUGGCAGUCCAGCACGGGGACCGGCCAGACGCGGCUGGGCGCCUCGGGCAGCUCCCACGGCCUGGUGCGCAGUGACGCUGGCCACUGGAGUGCCCCGUGUCUGGCCGGCAAAGGAAGCAGUGACCUGCUGUGGGGCGGGGUCCCCCAAUACUCCAGCAGCCUGUGGGGCCCGCCCAGCAGUGACGACGGCCGGGUCAUCGGAAGCCCCACCCCGCUGAACACUCUGCUUCCUGGCGACCUUCUCAGUGGGGAAUCCAUCUAGGACCGAGAGGACCCCAUUGGCGCCACAAUCAUCAGCACUAGGAAGAAAAAGCUGACCCUUUCCAGUCCGGGCGGCGCUGAGGACCCGCGUGACCUGAGCAGCCCGGCAGCCCUUUUGAGUACCUCUGUCCAGUACUGAAGACGAGCCCUGGCCGCAGUCCUUGCGAACUGUUCACGAGACAGUGCGGGCUGCGCUCGGUCAGUGUCCCAUGCUGACGACAGGAUGUUCCUCAUAGCUUUUUAUUUUGUGUUGUCUUACGUUUGUAUGGUGUGUUGUCGUUUUGAUUUUUUAAGUAUAAAAGCUGCUUAGAAUAGUUCUAUCAUGAAGGGCACUUUUCAGAUUGUGGGCUGGAAAGGGUUAUUUUAUCAAGGGGGGCGGGAGGGAGGGAGAUGAGAAAGCCUAUUUAAAACGAGCCUGUGACGAUUAUGCACAUUACCAGAGGCGGGCCCCGUGAUCAGGGGGAGCUGGUGUCCAUCACUGGGCGCAGAGCACGGGCUCCACGCGGCGGGCCUGGUGGCCCAGACCGGCGAGCUGCGCGGAGGCGGCGGCCUGCAGCCUGCUCUCUGCUCCCACGGGUCCGCCUAUGCACAUUACCCUUGUUUCAUUACUUUUUCAUGCCAUUUUUUUUAUCCCAAAAAAUAUUUUUUAAAAGUUAAAAAAAAAAAAAGACAUAUCAAACAUGCAAAUACUUGAAUCCAGCAGGCCAAUAAGGAAAUGUGAACACUUGCCGCGUCGAAUUCUACACUUCCAGGCUGACGUCAGUGCGCAGAAACAGGCUCUAGGAAACAUUUCUGAGUUCACAGCCUAUGUGCGUGUGCGUGUGUGUGGAAAUAGAAGCGUGUGUGUGUGUGUGUGUGUGUGCGCGCGCGUGGGCGCACUUUCUGUGUCUGUGUGUUCUGUGUGUGAGGGAUUUAACUGUGGGUUUUCCCUUUGAUUCAGUAUAUGCUUUUUUUUUGGCGCAUUGGUCAAACGUUUGUUACUAUUAUUAGCUUCUAACUUUGCACUGAGUGUCCCUGCCCUUCCUUUUGCUAAUCCUAUACAUGAAAGAGAAUUCAUAGGACAGGGCCGGUGACAAUUCACGUGUAAAUGUUUACUCAAGGACUCUGUUAUUGCGUUUAAAAAUUACAGUGUAUAUCUCUGGAGAAAUAAUCUGUAUACCUACCUUUAGCAGCUUUUUAUUGUGGACUAAUGCAAGAGAAUUACCAGAGUAUUGCACCGUGUUUCCAUGUGGACUAGAAAGUGAGAGAGAAGACAGCUGUUGCAGAACUGUGGCCAUAGAUCCUCGCGGAGACCGGACGGCUCCGCGGGAGGAACGGAGACAAGCACUUGGACGUGGGUGGUGACCGCUUUCGGAGGAGCCCGUGCUCAGGGCUCCCACCUGUUUACAGACCUUUUUUUCUCCUUCAGACUUUAAAAUAAAAAAAUUUUAAAAAGGAAUUUAAAAAAAAAAAGAAAAAAAAAAGAAAAAAAAGAGACUUCCGUGGUAAAGAAACCUAUUUUCAGAAUGCAGAUACGCUACUUCAGAGCUCUGGGAUUGAACAGUGUCGUCGCUUCCCUCCGGCCAUCGUUGUGGACUGUCGAUUGUCCCCCUUCGUCGAGGUGACGAGACGUUGUGGUCACUGUCUUGCACAUGCGGACGCGCUCUCAGGAAAGCCAGGGUUCCCGAGGGGCAGCUCCACACCAUUUCAUGUAUUUUGUAACCCAACUCCUAGCACUGAAGAUGUUAUUAAAAAACAAACAAAAAAAAAAAAAAAAAAAAGAAAGAAAAAAAAGAAAAAAGGAAAAAAAAAACACAAAGAAGAAAAAUACCUAAUCUCUAAUGUGUAGCAGUUACAUAUUUACCAAAUAACGGACUCAAAAGAAAUAGAUGUUUGAAGAGUGCUUUAUAUAUUAAAAAUUGCUUUAUGUUUUAAAAAUGAUCAAUGUUUUGAUUGUUUUGCAAGAAAGACAGACAAUGGAGUAACAUACCCUCAAGUAUGUUUAAAAAUAUAUGAACAUUGUGCUCCCUGCCUGCUUGAUCAGGAAACUUGUGCAUUACAUUUUUUUUAAUUAGCUUUUUAAUGGUUUUAUCAAAACAAAACAAAACAAAAAAGAACAAAAAACAAAACAAAAAAAAAAAAAACCCACAAAAAAACAAAAAAAGAAGGUCCUGCAAAAUUGCAGAUCAACAAAAGCUGGUUUUAUAGAGGAUCAUGAACUAUGCACAAACUGGGUUCAAGACUUGUUUUCUCAAGCUGAGUCGUGUGUUAGCGAAACAAACCUUCCUCAGAGUACUAGCAUCUCAUUGCCAUUACAUGCGCUCUAUAUAUUCGAUGUACAUACCCUCACGUGUGUAUAUCAAAUAUAUGUGCGUGCGUGCGUGUGUGCGUGUAUGCGUGUGUGCACCAGACGGCGCUCCUGCUGCCGCUUCGCAUCGAGCUGUAGAAGAACUGAGAACUUUAAAUUGGGGAUGGAAGUAAAGACUCUGUUUGUUUGUUUUUGGGUUUUGUUGACUUUUUUUUUGUUUUUUUUGACCUUUUUCUUUUGAGUUAAAAGAUGUCUGUAACUCUGAGAUUAAAAAACAAGUUUGUGGCUUUUAAUGUUUUUUCCUCAUAGAAUGUGAUCGUUGAAGAACACGCACCGAAAGUUGCUUUCCGAAGUACAACGCUUUGUUGAAUCUUAAUAAAUUGCAAUUUUUUUCUUGGCUGUUCAAAGAAA